UCUUUAUCAAUUUUCCCACACAUUUGUACUCUGAAAUUCAGGGAUCCGGUUUUCGGGUGAUCACUGAAGAAGAAUAUUAUUGUCAUGGUGAAAGAAACUGAGUAUUAUGAUAUUCUUGGUGUUAGCCCACUUGUAUCCGAUGAUGAUAUUCGGAAAGCUUACUAUCUGAAGGCACGCCAAGUUCAUCCUGAUAAAAAUCCGAACGAUCCUCAAGCUGCCGAGAGAUUUCAGGUACUUGGUGAAGCUUAUCAGGUUUUAAGUGAUCAUGUGAAAAGAGAUGCAUAUGAUAGGAAUGGAAAGGGCUCAAUAUCAAAGGACACCAUGCUUGAUUCGACUGCUGUUUUCGCUGUUCUUUUCGGAAGUGAGCUAUUUGAAGACUACAUAGGACACCUAGCUGUAGCAACAAUGGCUUCUGCAGAAUUAGUUGGCGAAAAUGACACUCCAGAAAUACUGCAUGAAAAGUUGAAGACUAUUCAGAGGGAAAGAGAAGAAAAGUUGGCUAGAUCGUUGAAAAACUUUAUUCACCAAUAUGUUCGAGGCGAUAAAGAAGAGUUUUUACGCCGUGCUGAGUCAGAGGCAGAACGACUAACACAAGCAGCUUUCGGAGCGAAUAUCUUGCACACUAUUGGAUACAUAUAUGAAAGACAAGCUGCACAAGAGCUUGGAAAGAAAGCAGUUUACCUUGGGGUGCCAUUUAUGGCCGAGUGGGUUCGGAACAAAGGGCAUUUUUGGAAAUCACAAAUUACUGCAGCAAAAGGAGCUUCUCAAUUGCUGCAACUUCAAGAAGACGCACGUCGCCAGUUUAAAAUGGAUGGAAGUGGGCCCGCACACGAUGUUGAAUCAAAUCUAAAAUCCAACAAGGAUACAAUCAUGAACUCAUUAUGGAAAUUGAAUGUAGUUGAUAUUGAAGUUACCCUUUUACAUGUUUGUCAAAUGGUGCUUCAUGAUAAUUAUGCCAAGAAGGAAGAACUUAAAGCUCGGGCAGAGGCUCUAAAACUUUUAGGAAAAAUAUUUCAGAGAGAAAAACAAGCACAAAGUGUUGGAACAUCAAUGAAGAAAAUUGCUAGUGAUAUUCAUGAUGAUACAAGCAGCUCAUAUAGCAGUGAUGACGAAGAUGCACCAAGAACAUUCAAUUGUCGCGCUCCUUUGAUUACACAGGGAAUUGGUAGAUUAUUCAGAUGCUUGUGUAAUCCAGCAUAUUAUGUGGAUGAUGAUGAGAUUGUUUACAAGAACAACAAAUGAUUGAUGAUACAUCUAUAGUUCUUAUUGGAUUGUUCAUGUAAAUCUCAAAGGGAAAGAAAAUCAAGGAAGCCAAUAUCCGGGAUAUAGAGGCGAAUUCGGUUUGAUUAUAUGACAUUAAUAUAUAAUUAUACCUUUUUUUUGGUUAAUCAGAAAGAAUGUUAAUCUAAGAUCCAUUAAAACUACACCAUGCAUAAUGAUGUGUGUUUGUGUGAAAAUUAUAAUUUAGUGAUGAUUUAUAUCUGAA